CUAAAGAGAUUAAAUGGAUUCCAAUGGAUGGAAAUAAUUUACAAGAAAUUGAAAAGGAAGAAAUUAAUGAGAAAGGAAUUAUUAAAGAGGAAGGAAUUAAUGGAAUUGAUGAGAAAGAAAUUAAAGAAGAAAUUAAAGAGAAGGAAAUUGAAGAGGAAUUAGAUUUCUUUAUGGCAAUUUGGGAGGAUG